AUGGCAGCCCUCAAUGUGGUCGCCCUGAUUUCGGGAGGCAAAGACUCCAUCUUCUCCAUCUUACACUGCCAAGCGAAUGGUCACAACAUCGUUGCUCUCGCUAAUUUGCAUCCCCCCAACGAGCAGAAUACUACUGCUGAAGAUAUGGAGAGCUACAUGUAUCAGACAAUCGGCCAUGCAGUAAUUCCUCUCUACGAGAAAGUUCUUGGUCUCCCUCUAUACCGACAAGCAAUYACUGGUACAGCAGUCAAUCAGAACAAAAGCUACGGUUUGAGUCAAGCAUCAUCAGAUCAAGUCGAAGAUGAAACGGAGUCCAUUCUGCCUCUUCUGCUCAAGGUUAUCGCUGCACAUCCAGAAAUCAAUGCGGUGAGCACUGGAGCGAUUCUGUCAGAUUAUCAGCGAACGAGAGUUGAAUCGAUUGCACUACGUCUAGGCCUGUGUCCGUUGUCAUAUUUAUGGCAAUGGCCAUCACUACCUCCACGAUCUCAAUGUUCCUUGCUGGAGGACAUGGCCAAGGUUGGUCAGGAUUCGCGAAUCGUCAAAGUUGCAUCAGGUGGACUGGACGAGGGAUUCCUGUGGCAAAACGUGGCAGAUCGGCGGACCAUCCAUCGCUUAACCAAGGCCGCAGGGAGAUUCGGAUCCGCUGGAGAUGGCGCUGUCCUGGGCGAAGGAGGUGAGUAUGAGACUCUGGCAGUCAGCGGACCUGCACCACUAUGGAAGGGCCGUAUAACAGUGUCCGAAGAAAAUGUCCAGACGAUGCCCGGCGAUGCAGGCAGUGCCUCAGUCUGCCUCAGCCAACCAUUUGUGGAAUUUUACCAACCCCGCGAACAUGUGAGCGAUCUGAGGAUACCACCACUACUCGAUGUCAAGUUCUCCAAAAUUCUCGAGUCCGUGUCGACUGGCAGUAGCAUCUCUACUUCGAGGGACCUCGCGGGAAACCCGCAUGAGUCAGUCAGCRAAGUAGACUUGCCAUUCAAAAGCAGUGCUUUCAUGGUGCGGGACUUCCAGGGAGCGGGCGCUUCAGCCGAGGAGCAGGCCCGCUCAAUCAUGGGACAAAUGAUGACAGAACUUGCUGCCAAUGAUCACGGUCCCGACGACAUCGCAUACUCGGUCAUCACGCUCCGGGAAAUGAAUGACUUCGCUGCUGUAAACACAGUCUAUGGAAGUUAUUUCGUGAAUCCUAAUCCGCCCGCGAGAGUUACCAUUGCCUGUGCCGACGUACUUCCCACAGGCUGUCUGCUGUCUAUUGGCAUCACGAGUGCAAAAAGUUCCAGAACUGCUCUGCACGUUCAGUCUCGCUCAUACUGGGCUCCUGCGAACAUUGGUCCGUAUUCGCAAGCCAUCGGAUUUCCGUCUGAUGCGGACGACGGACCAACGAAUGCUUCUGUCUACAUUGCCGGACAGAUCCCGCUCGUUCCAUCCUCGAUGACUUUGCCAGCCCCUUCAGGUUCGUCGGAGAAAGACUUUGCACACCAAGCAGUUCUGGCGCUGCAACAUCUUGAACGCAUUGGCGACGUCAUGAAGGUGAGACGAUGGGUCCAUGGCAUAGCGUUUAUAGCCUCAUCCACCCCCAGCGACGUCACACUUCCGGCAAGAAUAGACUUGAUUCGAAAGGUUUGGGAAGCUUUCCAUCUUCCCAAGACACAGCCAGAAGACUCCGACGAAGAAGACACUUUUGAUGUAUGGCAUCUCCGACAUGGCCCUGGCAGUGCAYCUUGGCGCAACCAAGACCCAGACGACGAUGUUGCGAGCAGUAACACCGAUGCACCUCCACUUGUUGUGAUACGCGUCGACCAGCUUCCGAGAGACUGCGCAAUCGAAUGGGUUGGACUUGGAAAGACCAGUCAGGGCGCRCAACCACCCAAUUUGACCCAUCUGCAAAGUCUUCUGCGCAUGUUCCGCAAUCGCAUCGUGUGA